GAGAGCGGAUAUAGUGAAUGCGGGGUCCGGGGAGAGCGGAUAUAGUGAAUGCGGGGUCCGGGGAGAGCGGAUAUAGUGAAUGAGGGGUCCGGGGAGAGCGGAUACAGUGAAUGCAGGGUCCGGGGAGAGCGGAUAUAGUGAAUGCGGGGUCCGGGGAGAGUGGAUAUAGUGAAUGCGGGGUCCGGGGAGAGCGGAUAUAGUGAAUGCGGGGUCCGGGGAGAGCCGGAUAUAGUGAAUGCGGGGUCCGGGGAGAGCGGAUAUAGUGAAUGCGGGGUCCGGGGGAGAGCGGAUAUAGUGAAUGCGGGGGUCCGGGGAGAGCGGAUAUAGUGAAUGAGGGGUCCGGGGAGAGCGGAUAUAGUGAAUGCGGGGUCCGGGGAGAGCGGAUAUAGUGAAUGCGGGGUCCGGGGAGAGCGGAUAUAGUGAAUGCGGG